UAAAUUUAUUUUUCAUAACAGAUAAGUGAAAUUACGACAAGAUAAAUUUCAACGUGGCAAGAGUAAGUAUCAUUUAUUUUUUCACCAUGGAAAGGUUGAUGUUUCUUUUGUUAGUGGUUGUUGUGGUUGUGGUCGUAGGUGAAGCUCCUCCAGAAAAAUGUACAAGAGCUUGGAAAAAGGUUGGAUGUUUUCAUGACCGAAUUAUACCAGAUCGUCCUUACCCCUACGAACUUGUCAACCAUCGUGAUCCAAUCAGUGAUAACUGGGAUGGCCAUCUACUUGAUUGGAAAAAAUGGCCAGAGUCACUUCACGCACUGGCUUGUAAAUGUGGAAAUCUAACUCGGGCUAAAGGAUACAAAUAUUUUGGUCUUCAAUUUUAUGGUGAAUGUUGGACUGGACCUAGUGAGAUGUUUUAUCGAGACGGAAAGUCGGAGAAAUGUAUCGGCGUCGAUUUCCGAUCAUGUGACGACGUUGCAGAAACUGAAUGCGUGGGAAAACAAUUCACUAAUUACAUUUACAGAUUGGAAGAAGAAACCAAAAAUGAAGAAAAAAUUCCAGGUGGAUGGAGUGAUUGGAGCUCAUGGACUGCAUGCAGCGCAAAAUGCAACGGUGGUAUGAGAUCACGUGAGCGAGUGUGCAACAAUCCUGAACCUCAAAAUGGCGGAGCUAACUGUGAAGGAGAAGCAGAAGACGCUGAGGGAUGCAAUGAAGAAGCAUGUGAACCAGUUUGUAAAAAGAAAUUGGAAGUUGGAAUCAUCUUGGAUGGAUCCACGAGCGUAACCAGAAACAACUGGAACAGAACAAUUGACUUCGUCAACAAAUUUUCAGAUGAAUUUGUUGUGAGUACAAAUGAAGUUCACUUCGGUGUGCUGCACUUUGCCUGGAGAGCUAAAUUAGAUUUCACCAUCUCUGAUGAACGAUACUGGACACCAAAAACAUUCAAGGACAGGGUUAAAAUGAUUGAAUACCCAUACGGUGGUACUAGAACUGAUCGCGCCCUACAAGUUGCUGAAGAGAAGUUUUUCUGUGAGGCUUGUGGAUUGAGAGAAGGUGUUCCAAGAGUUCUUCUUGUGUUGACCGAUGGGAAGAGCAGUAUGAACUCCCGACCUAUGCCAGAUGCUAGCAGAAAAUUGAAAGAGGAACUUAACGUGAAUAUCAUGACAAUCGGUGUUGGAAAAGAAAUCAACGUGGACGAGUUACACGAAAUCGCAUCCUAUCCAGAAAACGUGUUUGUUUUGGAAGGUUAUGCGUAUUUGAAAGACAAGCUUAACGCAUUGUUGAAGAUGGCUUGUAAAGAAAGACAUUCCUAAUCCGUGGUAUAUGAGAAGAAAAGUAUUAAAUGAAUAUUCAACAUUUUAGUAAAAAAGUUACUCCAAAUUGUACAUAUUUAUAUAUAUCGUAAUUAUUUUGACAAGAAACCAACAGAAAAUUAUCUACAGAAA